AUGUACACCUUCGUGGUGCGCGACGAGAACAGCAGCGUCUACGCCGAGGUCUCGCGGCUGCUGCUCGCCACCGGCCACUGGAAGAGGCUGAGGCGCGACAACCCCAGGUUCAACCUGAUGCUGGGCGAGAGGAACCGGCUGCCCUUCGGGAGACUGGGUCACGAGCCUGGGCUGAUGCAGUUGGUGAAUUACUACAGAGGGGCUGACAAACUGUGUCGCAAAGCUUCUUUAGUGAAGCUAAUCAAGACAAGCCCAGACCUGGCUGAAUCCUGCACAUGGUUUCCAGAGUCCUAUGUGAUUUAUCCAACUAAUCUCAAGACCCCAGUUGCUCCAGCACAGAAUGGAAUUCACCCACCAAUCCAUAAUUCAAGGACAGAUGAAAGGGAAUUCUUCCUGGCUUCUUAUAACAGAAAGAAAGAAGACGGAGAGGGCAAUGUUUGGAUUGCAAAGUCAUCAGCUGGUGCCAAAGGUGAAGGCAUCCUCAUCUCCUCGGAGGCUACAGAGCUUCUGGAUUUCAUUGACAACCAGGGUCAGGUGCACGUGAUCCAGAAAUACCUUGAGCACCCUCUACUUCUGGAGCCAGGUCACCGCAAGUUUGACAUUCGAAGCUGGGUCUUGGUGGAUCAUCAGUAUAAUAUCUACCUCUAUAAAGAGGGUGUGCUUCGGACUGCUUCAGAACCAUAUCAUGUUGAUAAUUUCCAAGACAAAACCUGCCAUUUGACCAAUCACUGCAUUCAAAAGGAGUACUCAAAGAAUUAUGGAAAGUAUGAAGAAGGGAACGAAAUGUUCUUUGAGGAGUUCAAUCAGUACCUAAUAAGUGCUUUGAACAUUACCCUGGAAAGUAGUAUCUUACUACAAAUUAAACAUAUAAUAAGAAGCUGCCUCAUGAGCGUGGAGCCCGCCAUCAGCACCAGGCACCUCCCUUACCAGAGCUUCCAGCUCUUUGGCUUCGACUUCAUGGUGGAUGAGGAGCUGAAGGUCUGGCUCAUUGAGGUCAACGGCGCCCCGGCUUGUGCUCAGAAGCUUUAUGCAGAACUGUGCCAGGGCAUCGUGGACAUAGCCAUAUCCAGUGUCUUCCCGCCCCCGGACGCGGAGCCACAGCACGUGCAGCUGGCUGCGUUCAUCAAGCUGUGACCGAGGGAGGUGCUCAGAGCUGCCUCAGAAGAAGCACGAGCUCACACUCCAGGGGAAGGUGAAAUGUCAGGAUUGCUCAUUACCAAGCCGGGACUGGAGAAAGAGAGGCAAACCGGCAAAGCCGUGAUCCAAGGGGGAACACAAGAAGAAAAGGCCACUUCCCCAAAGAGUGGUGGCUCAGGGGUUCCCAGGGGGCACUCUCAGCACUGCUAUGGAGAUGUGAAAACUGAAGCAAAUUUCUCUGAGGGGAGAGCAAAAUAUUCUUCUAAGGGGAAAAGACAGGGAUUUGAUUAUUUUACGUUCUCACCCUUUAAAAAAUCCAAUUUUUAUCCUAAGGCAGCAUUGUGAGCAGCGCCUCUCCUCCCUGAGGGUUGAGACUGUUGGACCUUUGGUUGGUGUCUUUCCACCUGCUGCAGCCUUAGUGCCUUAGCUCUCUGCCCAGCUGCAACCCUCUGUCUGGGACAGGGAUUGGAUGUUAGAGCACUUGGGAGGUUGCCAACGUGUUCCCUGCCCAUCCCUCUCCACAACACCCUGCCCUUGAAGCUCUGGACAAGCAUGCACCAACAGUCCUUGGUUUUGUGCUGGGCGCCACUCACAGCAAAGGGGGCUUGCCUCCUCAUGUUCCUGAAC